UACAUGUAUAUAUAACAGAGUUUGAAUCUAUAAUGCCAUGACAUGAGGAGUUGUUGGUAGCUUUCUGAGCUGAUGCGGAUGGUAUCAGAAGAAAAUUCACCAUGGGUAUAUUAUUCCGGAAACAUAGUUCCACGUACACCACAACGCCGCAUGGACACAGAGUAGCCAUAAUUGACAAAAGAGGAAGUGACGUAUCAAAAGAAACAGGAGCGAUAACUCUAGCGGGCGAGCUGUAUAGUACGUUACGAUCAGGCGACACCGUGGCUGUCAACUUUCCGCUAUCAAGGCCUUGUACCUCCAAAAACCCAUGGCAAAGUAACCUGAAAAGGUACGAGCAAUUACGAAUGGUAACUGAAUAUAUGAGAACAGCGUACAAGAAUGGUAUGUUCCCCAUAUCAGUCAGUUCGCCUAUGGUAGCACGGAUGAAGAGAGCAACGUCAUGGUUGAUGAAGACAGUCGGCCGGGAAGUGAGAGAGGGAGAGAUGGUUUUAAUUGAGGAGGUGUUGGGUGAAGAAAGUAUAUUUGUGGACAGCGUGGGUAGGAACGUAAAAGACUGCAAGGCUUUGGAUGAACUGAUACACUUCUCAUAUCACGAGUCGCACGGGGAGCUUGUCAUCUGUGGGCUGAAAGGGAUGGUAGGACCUGAUAGUAUGUUCCAUCUUGGAGAACCUACUGUUCAUUCUGUUUCUCGGACGUACGGAGAUAGCGACAAAGGUGUUGACGGGAUCAAGGUGGUUUUGAAAGAACACAGGUGUACGGACAGGUGUAGAAACUUGCGUCCGAUUCCCGUAGAUGGUGUGACAGAGCGAUGUGUACCAUCAGCUCCACCUAUUCACGAAUCCUUCCCAACUUCAGAAUCUUCAUCUCCCUGUGACAUCAUUUCUACCCAGUCCCUAUCUAGCAUCAACCCUCACCCACCACCGUAUGACGUCAUCUGUGACGUCAUCACUGACCCUCCUCCAUCUUACUCUGAACUGUUUCCCAGCGCUUCUCAUUCAUCUUCUUACCUGCGCUUGAAGCAUGGGUAGGGGUGUUACCAGAGGCUUUCAUGAUUCUUUUACAUGUGACUUAAAGACAAGUACAAAGUUUGAUGCCUUAUAUACUGAGGGAAAAAAAUAAGGGAACACAUUAAAGCACUAAUGUUCCGUUAUUCUUUUCCAGGUUUCUGAUCAAGCUUUGUAUCGCACUGUUGGUGAGAAUCUGAGAAUAAAUAGAGGAAAAGUGCGAUGAAGUGGUGUUCCCUUAUUCCUUUCCCUCAGUAUACUAUUUUGCUAUUGGUUCAGUUACAUCAUGACUUGUUCAACAAAAAAGACUUUAGUGAGGAAAUCGUUAUGUUUAGCGCUUUGGUGAAACCUAUUAACACCGUUACGGUGUUGAAAAAUGUGAUGCCACAAGGGCAGAUCCUGGCACAGUAAAGGGAUGCGACUCUUCACAGCAAAAUGUGCGUUAGACGGCUGGGCUCGAGUGCCCCUGCUAAUUUAGAAACGCUUUACAAUCGCGUGUUAGAAUUGUACCUAAUGAUGAUGUGUCCUGAUCAUGCUCCAUUGCGAUAUUUGUAAUUCAUGCAAUCAUGGGUUUGCCUGGUCCAAAGUCUCUUACUGGAUAGGCUGGCAAGGAUUCUGUUUCAUAUUGAUGCAAAUACCCUCUGUAAGUACAUGUUUCAAAAUAUACGACACGUGUAAAUAUAGUGCAUAUAAAGUAAAUGACACUGAAAGAUGCUGCUUUUGUUUUUGUGUGUUAUGUUACGUAUAACA